UUCUCACUAUCUUCUAAGCCUCGCGCUAUUCACGGGCCCUCUUCUUUCUGCCCUCCCCCCUCCUGUUCACCCGCAGCUUUCUGUCCGGCUGCGAUGCUGAGCUGGGAUUUUACCCGCGCUGGUACUUAUUCGUAUUGAUUGAUCUUCACUCUACUCUUUUUUUUUUCUUCCUUUUUAUUUUUUUUUUCCUGGCCGGGUUGCCCGUUCAUUGAUUGACCUGUCUGGUUGCUUGGUGCCCAUACCGCCCUCCCUCUUCCCCCUCGACUGGUCAACUUAUUUCUUCCCCCACCAAAACAAUUUCUCCUCCAAAGGGCCAAAAAAAAGUCCCUUUCACAUCAACCACCACCCCCACCCUCCACCACCUGGGUUCACCGCUGGACCCCGUGUCUCCUAAUUUCCCGCGAUCUUGGUGGUUUUCAGCUCGGGUUGAUUGUUCACACUUGAGCUGUCAAAAUGUCGCUACUCCCCCCCGAGGUCCACUCGGCGCUCUCGCAGCUCCUGCGCGCGCUGUCCACUCCCGACAACACCAUUCGUGCUCAGGCGGAGGAACAGCUGAACAAUGAUUGGAUUCAAGGCCGUCCCGAUGUCCUGCUGAUGGGCCUGGCAGAGCAGAUCCAGGGUGCGGAGGAUGUGCUAACACGUUCUUUCUCCGCCGUUCUCUUCAGAAGAAUCGCGACCAAGACACGAAAAGACCCCGUCACGAACGAGGCCAAGGAGCUCUUUUCGACCCUCACCGGCGAGCAGAGGUUGAUCAUCCGUCAAAAGCUCGUGACUUGCUUGACCAGCGAGUCCGUCACAGAUACCCGCAAGAAGAUCGGCGACGCCGUGGCCGAGAUUGCCAGACAGUACACUGACAACGGCGACCAAUGGCCCGAACUGCUCGGCGUUCUCUUCCAGGCUAGCCAGUCCCCUGACUCCGGCCUGCGUGAGGCCGCUUUCCGCAUCUUCAACACUACCCCCGGUAUCAUCGAGAAGCCCCACGAGGAGGCCGUUGUCGGUGUGUUCAGCAAGGGUUUCAAGGAUGACGUUGUCUCAGUGCGCAUUGCCGCCAUGGAGGCCUUCGCUUCGUUUUUCCGCUCGAUCGCCAAGAAGUCCCAACCCAAGUUCUUCUCCCUCAUGCCCGAUCUGCUCAACAUUCUGCCUCCGUUGAAGGAGUCGUCCGAGAGCGAGGAGCUCUCCUCCGCCUUUUUGUCUCUGAUCGAGUUGGCCGAGAUCUGCCCCAAGAUGUUCAAGACCAUGUUCAACAACCUGGUUACAUUCAGUAUCAGUGUGAUUGCCGACAAGGACCUCAGUGACCAGGUCCGCCAGAACGCUCUCGAAUUGAUGGCUACCUUCGCCGACUAUGCGCCCUCGAUGUGCAAGAAGAACUCCGAGUUCGCUCAGCAGAUGGUGACCCAGUGUCUGAGCUUGAUGACGGAUAUUGGUGUCGAUGAUGAAGAUGCUUCUGAAUGGAAUGCGUCGGAGGAUCUUGACUUGGAGGAAAGCGACCUCAACCACGUUGCGGGUGAACAGUGCAUGGACCGUCUGGCCAACAAGCUUGGCGGCCAGAUCAUUCUCCCCGCGACCUUCGCCUGGAUUCCUCGCAUGAUGUCCUCUUCUGCUUGGCGCGAUCGCCAUGCAGCUCUCAUGGCCAUCUCCGCCAUUUCGGAAGGCUGCCGCGACCUGAUGGUCGGCGAAUUGGACCAGGUGUUGCGAUUGGUUGUUCCUGCUCUUCAGGACCCCCACCCGCGCGUGCGCUAUGCCGGCUGCAACGCUCUGGGCCAGAUGAGCACUGAUUUCGCCGGUACCAUGCAGGAGAAAUACCACUCUGUGGUGCUGACCAACAUCAUCCCCGUGCUUAACAGCACCGAGCCCCGUGUCCAGGCGCACGCGGCCGCGGCCCUGGUCAACUUCUGCGAGGAGGCCGAGAGAAAGGUGCUGGAACCGUACCUUGCCGAUCUCCUGCAGCACCUGCUGUUGUUGCUGCGCAGCACCAAGCGCUACGUGCAGGAGCAGGCCCUUUCGACUAUCGCUACCAUCGCCGACUCGGCUGAGAAUGCCUUCGAGCAGUACUACGAUACCCUGAUGCCUUUGCUGUUCAACGUCUUGAAGGAGGAGCAGUCCAAGGAAUACCGCCUGCUUCGCGCCAAGGCUAUGGAGUGCGCCACGCUGAUUGCUCUGGCUGUCGGCAAGGAGAAGAUGGGUCAGGACGCGCUGAACCUGGUGCAGCUUCUGGGUAACAUUCAACAGAACAUUGUCGACGCCGACGACCCGCAAUCGCAGUACCUUCUCCACUGCUGGGGCCGCAUGUGCCGCGUCUUGGGCCAGGACUUUGUCCCUUACCUCCCUGGUGUCAUGCCGCCUUUGUUGACGGUUGCCGCUGCCAAGGCUGACAUUCAGCUUCUCGACGAUGAGGACCAGAUCGACCAGGUCGAGCAGGAUGAGGGCUGGGAGCUGGUGCCUCUGAAGGGCAAGAUCAUCGGUAUCAAGACCAGUGCAUUGGAGGACAAGAACACCGCCAUCGAGCUCAUCACGAUCUACGCACAGAUCCUGGAGGCUGCGUUCGAGCCGUAUGUUCUGGAGACGAUGGAGAAGAUUGCCGUCCCUGGCCUUGCAUUCUUCUUCCACGACCCCGUGCGGGUGUCAUCUGCUAAGCUGAUCCCCCAGCUCUUGAACUCGUACAAGAAGGCUCACGGCGACCAGUCGGCUGGAUUUGCCGGAAUCUGGAACAAGGUGGCGGAGAAGAUCAUUGAAGUGCUCAGCGCCGAGCCCACAGUCGACACACUGGCGGAGAUGUACCAGUGCUUCUACGAGUCGGUGGAGGUGGUCGGCCAAAACUGCCUGACCCAGCAGCACAUGCAGGCUUUCAUUGAGUCGGCCAAGUCGACGCUGGAGGACUACCAGGUCCGCGUGAAGGCACGUCUCGAGGACCGCGCGGAGGCGGAGGAGGGCGAGGAGGACAACCUCGACUACGAAUACGCGAUUGAGGACGACCAGAACCUUCUCAGUGACAUGAACAAGGCUUUCCACUCCAUCUUCAAGAACCAGGGCACGACAUUCCUGCCGGCGUGGGAGCAGCUGAUGGCCUUCUACGAUGCGUUCAUCACCAGCCAGGACCCGACGCAGCGGCAAUGGGCUCUGUGCAUCAUGGACGAUGUGCUCGAGUUCUGCGGACCCGAGUCGUGGAACUACAAGGACCACAUCAUGCAGCCCCUGGCAGCCGGCCUGCAGGACCCUAAUGCGGCCAACCGCCAGGCUGCGGCGUACGGUGUGGGCGUUGCUGCCCAGAAGGGCGGUGCCGCGUGGGCCGACUUUGUGGCGGCCAGCAUCCCCAGUCUAUUCCAGGUGACGCAGAUCAACCAGGCGCGCAGUGAGGAGCACGUGUUCGCGACAGAGAACGCAUCGGCCAGUAUUGCCAAGAUCCUGCACUAUAACGCCAGCAAGGUGCAGAACGCUCAGGAGAUUGUGGCCAACUGGAUCGGUACUCUCCCUAUCACAUUCGACGAGGAGGCUGCUCCGUACGCCUACUCCUUCCUUGCGCAGCUGAUCGACCAACAAAACCCCGUGGUGAUGUCCAGCGCCGACAAGGUGUUCGGACACAUUGUCCAGGCACUGGAAGCGGAGACGCUGCAGGGCCAGACAGCCGGCCGGGUGGCCAACUCGGCGAAGCAGCUGGUGGCCGCGACCGGGCUGAACGCAGAGCAGAUCCUGGCGGGUGUUAACCCGGACAACCAGGCCGCGGUGCGCAGCUACUUCCAGUGAGUCAAUAUACACCAGUUGGGGACGGGGUUCGGUUUGGGAAAUGUUCAUAUGCCAUGAGUUGAAAUGAGAUUUGCAAUGUGAUAAGGACAACAACAACAACCACCAAUAAGGAUAUGGGAUUUUUAUUAUUUUUUUCGACAGUUAUUUUUUAUAUCUCUUCUAUUGUUAUGCUUUUAUUGUUAAAGGUGUAUAGCGGUUUUCAUGAGAGAAGACAAGACAAGACGUGACGUAGUCGGGAGCCAUAAUAAGCCG